AUGUUUGGGGGUGCGCCGGGGAGUGACCGUCCCGAUUACUAUGAGAUUCUUGGUGUUGCAAAGAGUGCAAACCAGGAUGAGCUGAAGCAGGCCUAUAAGAAGGCAGCCAUGAAGAAUCAUCCUGAUAAAGUUGGUGACGCUGAGAAAGAUGCUGUCGUUGCCUCAUGUGUUGCUUGUGCUGAAGCAUCUGUUGUCUUCCUGCUAAAAUACGAGGAGUUGUCUCAAGCAUAUGGAGUUCUCAGUGACCCUAAAAAGAGGGAAAUUGAUGAUAAAUACAGGAAAGAUGCCCUCAUGGGAGGUGAGAUCAUCGGCAGAAAGGAUAAGUGCCCUCGGUGCAAAGGAAAAAAGGUUAUCCAGGAGAAGAAGUUACUGGAGCCUGACACAGUGACGGGACACAUUAUCGUCAUCGUACAACUCCAGGAGCAUCCGCAGUUCAAGAGAGCAUUUGGUGAUCUCUAUGUGGAACAUUGGCUCAGUCUGGCACAGGCAUUUUGUGCCUUCCACAAUUUGCUCUGA